AUGGCCUCCGCCGAAGCGCAAGAACUCACUGUCGAGUCCCUCCCCAAGCUCCUAGAAAAUGACACCAAGGUCAAGCUCGCCGGCGUGGAUGUAGACGGUAUCCUCCGCGGCAAGCUCGUGUCCAAGAAGAAGUUCUUGUCCGUGGCCGAGGCCGGCUUCGGCUUCUGCUCCGUCAUCUUUGGCUGGGACAUGCACGAUCUCACCUACGGUCGGGAGCUCAAAGUCAGCAAUCAGGAGAACGGCUACCGCGACAUUAUCGCCGUGCCCGACCUGUCGAGCUUUCGGCGCAUUCCCUGGGAAGAUGACGUGCCCUUCUUCCUCGUUAGCUUCUUCGAUCCGGACACCAAGGCCCCUGUGUGCGCCUGUCCGAGGGGUUUGGUCAAGACCAUGCUGGAAAGGAUACAGGAGAAGGGCUACGGCGCCAUGGCUGGAGGUAAGUCGAGACUCCUCCGAGUACGAAUUUUACCAGUUCAAAACCCCCGAUGCCACUUCGGAAGUCUCCCCGCGAGCUACCUCCGCGAUAACCCACCGCAGUCCCUCCCGUCGCUCACCGAGGGCAUGUUUGGCUACAGCUUGACGAGACCGGUGCACAAUCAAGCCUACUACUACGACGUCUUCGAGACCUGCGAGAAAUUCCACUGCAAUAUCGAAGGCUGGCACACGGAGAGCGGGCCGGGCGUGUUUGAGGCGGCGCUCGAGUUUGGAGAGCUCGGCCAAAUGGCGGAUCGGGCCAGCUUAUUCAAGUACGUUGUGAAAUCCGUCUCGACCAAGUACGGCAUCAUUCCCUGCUUCAUGGCCAAGCCCAGGCAAGGCCUUCCCGGAAACAGCGGCCACAUGCACAUUUCCCUCUGGCCGGACAUUGCCCAACUCUCCGACCUGGGACGGCACUUCCUCGCGGGCAUCCUCGACGGCCUUCCCGACCACCGUGCCGCGUCGAUCCGCCUCAUCGCGCCGCCUACGUCCAAGCCGGGAGCGACGCGGUUCGAGAUCAGGGUCAGCGGCGCCGACACGAACCCUCAUUUCGUGCUGGCCGCGAUCCUCGGGCUGGGCUGGCGCGGCGUGGAGAAGAAGCUGGCGAUCCCCUGCCCGCCGCUCGGCAAGGGCGAGGAUGUGGGCGGGCAGUCGGAUGCCGGGGAGAGGUUGGCCAGGAGCCUUCACGCGGCUACGGAGCGCUUUAUGAGCAAGGGUAGCGUGGCGAGGGAGGUGUUUGGGGAUGACUUUGUGGAGCAUUUCGGAGGCACGCGGGAGCAUGAGAUUCGGCUGUGGAAUGAAGCCGUUACCGAUUGGGAAGUAAAGCGAUAUAUCGAAACGGUGUAA